GGUGGAUUUAUCUUACAAGGCGGGUCGUAAGCAGAAAAGCGAAAGGGUCAAUGUCAAACAAGCUUAUAUCAGCUGUUUCUACCGAUUGCAGCAGCAACAGCAUCUACAGCUAAAGUACGACAGGGAGCGUGGACCAGGUAGUUACUGUUUAAACUACUGUAUGUGCUCAUCUUAAGUGUCUGUGCCGAAGAGUGUGAGAACAGUGCCUGGUUAUUCUCAGGAAACAUGAACUCUGGACCAGGCAGAAGUGUGCUGUCGCUGUGCAGACGGUCCACAAGCGCUCUACGGUUGCUCGCCAGCCAGCCAGGUCACCCUGUCACUCGCGGUAUAGACAACAACCUCCUGGGGACAGUGCGGGUCUGCCAUUCGGGGGCCACCCGCAGCGUUAGCACCAAGAAGCGGGGCUAUGAUAUCACCAGAAACCCACAUCUUAAUAAGGGCAUGGCCUUCACCCUGGAAGAGCGUCAGCAGCUGGGCAUCCAUGGCCUGCUACCCCCCUGCUUCCUCACGCAAGACGUCCAGGUGCUGCGGGUCAUGAAGAGCUACGAGACCCGCAUCAACCCCCUGGACAAGUACAUCUUGCUGAUGACUCUACAGGACCGUAACGAAAAGCUCUUCUACCGGGUGCUUAUGUCAGACGUUGAGGAGUUCAUGCCCAUUGUUUACACCCCUACGGUGGGCUUGGCUUGCCAGCAGUAUGGCUUGGCCUUCCGGAGACCCAGAGGUCUCUUCAUUACCAUUCAUGACCGAGGCCAUAUCGCUACCAUGCUGGACUCCUGGCCCGAGGAGGACAUCAAGGCCAUUGUGGUGACAGACGGUGAGCGUAUCCUGGGCCUUGGUGACCUGGGCAGCUAUGGGAUGGGCAUCCCUGUGGGCAAGCUGGCCCUAUACACGGCAUGUGGAGGAGUGCCACCCCAGCAGUGCCUGCCAGUGCUGCUGGACGUGGGCACAGAUAACCAGGAACUUUUGGAUGACCCUCUGUACAUCGGGGUGAAACACAAGAGAAUACGAGGGAAGGAGUAUGAUGACUUGAUCGAUGAGUUCAUGCAGGCAGCAACUGACAAGUAUGGAAUGAACUGCCUAAUUCAAUUUGAGGACUUCGCCAACAGCAACGCCUUCAGAAUCCUCAACAAAUACCGAAACCGCUACUGCUCCUUCAAUGAUGACAUCCAAGGCACAGCCUCUGUGGCGGUGGCAGGAGUCUUGGCUGCCCUGAAGAUCACCAAGAACAAGCUGUCUGACCACAGAUUUGUGUUCCAGGGAGCUGGAGAGGCUGCGAUGGGCAUCGCUCAGCUUUUGAUCAUGGCCAUGGCCAAGGAGGGAGUGUCCAAAGCAGACGCCCUCAAGAAGAUCUGGAUGGUGGACUCCAAAGGCCUCAUUGUCAGGGGUCGUGGCCACCUGAACCACGAAAAGGAAGAGUUUGCUCAAGAGCACCCUCACGUGAAGACACUGGAGGAGGUGGUGGAGACCAUCAAGCCCACAGCCAUCAUCGGUGUGGCGGCCAUCAGCGGAGCCUUCACUGAGAAGAUCAUCAAGAACAUGGCGUCCUUCAACGAGAGGCCCAUCAUCUUCGCCCUGAGCAACCCCACCAGCAAAGCAGAGUGCACAGCCGAGCAGUGCUAUCAACUCACCAAUGGCAAGGGCAUCUUUGCCAGUGGGAGCCCCUUUAAGAAGGUGACUCUGGCUGACGGGCGCACAUUCCAUCCCGGCCAAGGCAACAACGCUUACGUCUUCCCCGGAGUCGCCCUGGGGGUCAUCGCCUGCGGAGUGCGUCAUAUCUCUGAUGACAUUUUUCUUACAACUGCUGAGGCCAUCUCAGACAUGGUGACAGAGGAACACCUGGCAGAGGGCAGACUCUACCCCCCUCUCAGCACCAUCAGAGAGGUGUCCUUCAAGAUCGCUGUCAAGAUUGUGGACUACGCCUACAGGCAUAAUGUUGCGUCGUGGUACCCGGAGCCUAAGGACAAGGAGGCGUUCAUUCUGUCCCACGUCUACAACUCUGACUACGACUCCUUCACCCUGGACAACUACAGCUGGCCUGCUGAUGCUCAGAAGGUCCAGGAUGUGUAGACAGCUGCAGGUGCCAGAACUGAUGCCUGGAUCUCUCUCUCCCUUUUUUUUUUUUAUCGUUCUUUUCUCUUUCUGCUUUCUUUCUCUGUCUCAACUCCUUAGUGUCUCACUCCUCUGUUCUCUCUGUGGGAAGGAAGGACAGAGAGUGGAGGAAAAGGGGGGGGGGGCAGGGGAGGGGGAGGGUCAAUGAGGAAGGAGAGAGUGAGUCUUUACUGUUUUUCACCUCUCGUUUCUGGGCUGUCAGAUCCACCCAGUGUAUGAUGGAAGACGCACAGAGAACAGCGAAGGAGAGGCUGAGAAACACUCCUUCCCUGAUCUCCUUUUCCUUUUUUUCUUUUUUCAUUAUUUUGGUCCCUUUUGCUUCUGCUUUUCCUCUUCCUCUCUUCCCUCUGCGCCCGGGACAAACAUAUCUAAGACACGCCUCUUUUUUGCCGUUACUCAUCCAGCCAACCAGCCAAUCACUAUUCAACCUUUUCCUGCAGUGUAGCAUUUUGUAUUCCUAUGAUACCUUUUUUAAACUCUGUCCACCCCCUUGUCAAGUGCUCUUGUCUGAGCCCCAUGUGGCCUGUACCAAAAUGAAAUGUACUUGCAUCCAUUGUAUCGUCACUCCAUCUUCCUCAGAUAUGACAAACACACA